ACUUAAGGAACUAAAUUCUAUUUUCCCAGUCUAAUCUAUUUCAGUCGAAGUUUUUGUAUGACAAAUUAAAUACAGACAAACUGGAAUCCGGCGCUGUAGGGUUUUUUUUUUUCCGCCGCUUCACUUACGACUGUCGUAAAAAAAAAAAAGGGGGGUCCGGAAUACGGCAAGACCCAACACACGUGUGAAAUAUUUGACACAGAGGAAAAUAAUGACAGGAUCGAGACCAAAGCUGCGCUUACGAGAUGAGAAAAGAAGCAAAUGACGAUUCGGUGGAUAUAAUUUAUGACAUAAGGUGGUUUAAAGUUUGUGCUAGCCAUGUUUCUAGCUUUUUCCAGAAAUCACCUGCUAGGUUGUGCGAAAGGGCACGGAGCACGGAUCAGCGCUGGGACAGCCCCGAGGUACACUAAGGUCCUGGAGUCUAAAGGGUCACCUCCGAUCUGUGGCCACAGCAUUCAGCUGGCACCCGCAGGAACAGGAACUAAACCUCGUCAGAGACUGAAAGCAAACUUUCUCUCUCCUGGUUGUCGGCCUGUCUGUGUGCACUUUGUCGAGCAAGUUGUGAAUCCAGCGUUUCCCACAAAUCUGCCGUUUAUUAACAAACUAACUCCAAGGACGAGUCAGACUCCACUCAACAGACCAAAUGUGAACAUCUCGAACCAUCAGCUGCACGCUUUGGGUCGCAUUUUGAGUGACGGGAUUAAUACUGGCCUUCACUCGAGGUUAAAGGGAUACUGUACUGCACCAGGAAAGCCUGCAUUUAAAGAUCACAAAGAUUUGAAGCAAGAAACCAAUCAAUGUGCCUCUUCCUCCUCCUCAUCUCCAUCUAACGGCCUGCAGUAUAAAGAGCUGUAUGAAAAUCCAUGGACGAUCCCCAAUUUUCUUUGCAUGGCCAGGAUUGUCUUGUCUCCUGUCCUGGGUUACUUAAUCACAGAACAGUAUUUCUACGUGUCCCUUGGACUGUUUGCUUUGGCAGGAGCGACUGACUUGCUGGACGGCUACAUUGCACGAAACUGGCCAAACCAGAAGUCGGCUCUGGGUAGCGCUCUGGAUCCGCUCGCUGAUAAGAUCCUUGUUAGCGUACUGUACAUCAGUUUGACCUAUGCACAGCUCAUCCCAGUUCCACUCACAGCACUGGUGAUCUCCAGGGAUGUGGCUUUAAUUGGUGCAGUUUUCUACGUCCGUUACAAAACUGUCCCUCCUCCUGUAACUCUCAGCAAGUUUUUCAACCCCUGCUACACUACUGCCCAACUUAAACCAACUCUUAUAAGCAAGUUCAACACUGCAAUCCAGCUAUUUCUGGUGGCUGUUUCACUCGCUUCUCCAAUCUUUCAUUACACUGACAGUGUUUUCCUGCAAUCACUGUGGUAUAUCACUGCACUGACAACUGCAGCAUCUGGUUACAGCUACUACCAUUAUGGAAGAAAAACUGUUGAAGUAUUAAAUAACAGAAAGUAGUUCUCUUGUGUCAUCAGUGUAACUUGAUAACGCUUUGAGGUGAAUAAGGCUGGGAAUCAUUUUGCUGUCUAUCUGUGUACAUGUUUCAAAUUGAUGCUGAGGUCCAGUUUUCUUUGGAGCGAAGUUUAUUACUGUACAGCAACCUUUUGAAUCAGAUUAUUUUAGUAUCUCGGUGCACCACAAAUGUCUAAUAUAUCCAGUCAGUACACAGGCUAUACUUCUGUGGAAUGUUAUUUUGUACCUUUUGGAAUCACCACAGCAGAUUUGUGAUUAAAAACUGACUUCAAAACCCAAA